AUGAUCACAAAAUUGCUGCUGGCCGUGCUGGCCACAGCGGUUUUGGCUCAGUCUCAAUCUGGUGGAGAUAAUGGAGACGAUUCGAAUCGACGAGGACCGCCAAGGCCAAGGCCUGAUGGACAAGGACCACCAGGACAAGGACAAGGACAGGGACAAGAUGGACAGAGACCAGGUCCACCUGGAAGAGGACAAGGAGGACAAGGAGGCCCGGGCGGUCAAGGUGGCCAAGGAAGAGAUCAACGACAAAAUCAAAAUGGCGGCAACAGUAAUGGAAUGAGGAUCUUGGAUCCUAAAGCCACUCUAUUAGCAAUCAUCAGCUUGGGUCCAGAGCAGAAGGAACGGGACCACUGCGGAAAGUGGGGAGACUGGAAAGAGGUGAAAUGCUGGUGGCCCGAUCAGAACUUCAGUUCGUUGCCUGAAGAAUGCACCAAUAUCACCUAUCCAAAGAAAGUACCGCAAUCAUUGCAAAAAUUCAUCGAUGCUAAAGUUCAAGAAGUCUAUGCGGUGAUCCAAGCAGCCUAUCAACGACGAGGCGCUCCACCGAAAUGCGGUCAUUGCACACAUUCGUUCAAAUGUCGAACGAGAAAUGCCACAAAAGAGGAUGAUGAUGAUGAUGAGAUGGAUAUGGGAAUGGAUUUCGAUUUUGGAAUGAAUGAUGAUGAGGAAGAUGAUGAGGAAGAUGAUGAGAGUUCGAUGGAAGAUCUGGGAGGACAAGGAGGACAAGGAGGACAGGGAGGACAGAGAGGACAAGGAGGACAGGGAGGACAAGGAGGACAAGGAGGACAAGGAGGACAAGGGAGACGACCAAGACCUAGACCCCGCCCACGUCCACGUCCACGACCUGGGAAACAGUGCAAAAAGAAAGAAAUUCGCCCAAUUGACGCCGAUUGUGAUGACGCGAAAGCCUGCAAAGUCUCCUCAGUCUUCGGUGGAUGUCCGGCUCCAUUGUUCUUGCAUAAAGAUCGAAUGAAGAAAAUCAAUGAAAUGAUGAUGAGUGGAGAUCAUCAAGGAGCUCUUGAUGCAAUGGAUUUUAUGCAAGACGAUGAUGAUGAGAAUAUGGAUGACUCGAUGAGAAAGAAACGACAAUCCGGUUUCUACGAUCCAUCCACUUUCUAUGCCAAUUCGGGAAGCCAAGGAAUGAGAUCACAAAUGCAAAUGAUGGGCCCUUGGCAACCAAACAACGACUGGACUGGCUCAUCGCAAAGCCAAAACCCUUUCCUCCAGAGACGGCCUUGGGGACCUGGGGGAGAUGAUGAUAGAAGAGGACCAGGACAUAGAGGAAGAGCAGAUCAUAAACGGGGUGGACAUGGGGGAAGAGGGGGAAGAGGGGGAAGAGGAGGAAGAGGUGGAGGAGGUGGAAAGGGGAAAGCCAAGUUCAUCGCCAAUCUUUUGCAUGGAACCAACUGUGUCAGCUCCGGAAAUGAAUGUCUCUGUUGCUGUGGCGGCCAUAUUCCCGAUGCUAAAUCGGGUGACUGCAAAGAUAUUCGCUCAAUGAUGCCACAACUUCCAAAGCUUCUCGAUUUUGCGAUGAAAAAAGAUCAAUCUCAA